AUGAUGCAAAGCGGUGAAGGUUCAUUACUUCUUUCUCUCUCUCCCAGCUUCAGCAGUUACUCUUCCGACAGAUUUGCCGAAAUCGCCGCCCGUGUCGUCGAGGAAUUCCGUAAAGAAUCCGACACCGAUCCCGAUAUUUUCAACUGGAAACCUGAUUCCGCUUCUUCUCUCCAUUACGGACCCGAACCGGGUGAAUUCAACCAAAUACCUCAAAUCCUACACGGCGGUAAUGCUGAAACAGAGACUUUAGAUGAAAUUGCAGACGAUGAGUUCGAAUUCGCGGUCGUUCCUAGGGAGCCGGAAGAGGUAACCAUCUCAGCUGAGGAUAUCUUCUACAACGGUCAAAUUAGACCGAUUUAUCCUGUUUUCAACACGAAUCUUCUGUUGAGCGAUUCGAUUGUAGAUAAGAACAAUAGCGGCAACGACGUUGACGUCAAGCACGACGAUGAAAACUUGAAGAAAUCCAAGCCAAAGAGAGUACAUCGACCGUCUCUUGGAAAACUAAUGAGCGAAGAGCGUGAGACGAAUUCGUGUUCUUCGUCUGAGACGGAAGAGCUAGACGGAGUUCUUCCUGGAACGUACUGCGUUUGGACGCCCAAGGAAUCGCUCGAGAGAUGCAAAAAGAGCAAUUCUAUGGGAUCAUCGAAGAGAUGGAAACUCCGAGACCUUCUAUACAGAAGCAGCAGCGACGGAAAGGAAACCUUCGUGUUUUUAUCAUCAAGCAAAAGAGUCGAGAAAUUCGCCGAAAUCCCAAAGGAAAAAGGUAGUACCGGUAGCGGAGACGAAAAGUCCACCGGAAAAGUAAAAUCCAGCAGAGUCGCCGCCGCUGCGGCUGCGACUGCGACAGCUACCAAUGUGAGUCCAACGGCGACGGUAGAAGGAGAAGAAGAAAAGAAUUCGUGGAAGGAAGGGGAUAGGAAGAUUCAAUCGAUUCCGUGCAGACAAGAAAUGGGGGAUUUAUUCAACAAUGUCAAUGGUAUGAACAAAAACUCACAUCAAUUAUGA